AUGGAUUCUGAAGAAGGUACCGUUGUCCUUGUUUCCAAGGAAGGAGACAAAUUUCCUGUUCCCAAGGCUGUUGCCUACAUGUCUGGUCUUGCCAAGGACACUAUUGAUGACGAGAAUGAUGACGACGAGCCAGAAGUUCCUCUUCCCAAUGUCAAGGCGGAUGUCCUCCGCAAGGUGAUUGAGUACUGCGAACACUACCUCAAGGAGAAGAUGACGGAUAUUGAAAAGCCUCUUAAGAGCAAUAAGAUGUCUGACGUCGUCCAAGAGUGGUAUGCCACCUUUGUGGAUUCGGAAGAGCACGAAAUGCUCUUUGAGCUGAUUUUGGCUGCCAACUUUAUGGAUAUCAAGCCCUUGUUGGAACUUGCGUCUGCAGCCGUGGCAGCCAUGAUGAAGGGAAGGACCCCAGAAGAAAUUCGCAAGGUGUUCAAGAUUCAAGAAGGAGACUUUACACCUGAAGAAGAGAAUCGCGUCCGUGAGGAAAACAAGUGGUGUGAAGAAGCUUAA